UUCUCUUUCUCUUUUUAAGUUUCUUUUUGUUUUAUUUUCAUUUAUGCCAUGAGUAUAUAUACCUACAUUAACACAUUACAACCACCUACUGCUGUACACCAAGCUAUAAAAGGAAACUUUAUAUCCCCCAAUAAUACAAACUUGAUUGUUAGUAAAGGAACCCGUAUUGAAAUAUAUUCUUUCUCCAACGAUAUACUUGUACCGGUCUUAGAUUUCAACCUACACUGUCGAAUUGCCUCCAUCAAAGCAGUUACCUUACCAAAUCAAACAACAUGUUCUUUAUUUGUACUUAGCGAACAACAAGUGUUUUGUAUCUUACGAUAUAGCCCAGCCUCGAAAUCAAUUAUCACCGAUUUUACUAGUACAUUGGAACAAAAGAAUGCUAGACCCAACGACGAAGUUCUUUGUGUUUUGGAUCCUGAAAACCGUGCAAUUGUAGUCAGCGCAUUUACUGGGUUAUUAUUUGUUAUUCCACUCCAAUCUCGAAAUGCACCUAUACGGACGAUAAAAGGAAAAGGCAAAGAAACAGCAUACCCCGGCAUGACAUUUGAUCCUUUCGACAUAAGAAUACAAGAAUUCAGCAUCAAAUCAAUGGUUGCCUUGGAAGAACCAACAACACCAACUUUUGCUAUUUUAUACGAUCAAGAUGAUGGACCUCAUGUCAAAUUUUAUCAAAUCAAGGCACCAAAUCGACAAAUCUCACCAAGGUAUCAAGUGGAUGGUCCUGUUGAGUCUUCAUGUCAUCUUUUGAUUCCAGUUCCUCAACCUUAUGGUGGUGUCCUGGUAGUGGGAGAAUAUACGAUUACUUAUUUUGAUAUGGAUGGAAAUGAUGCGGCCAUUAGUAUUGACGCUGUUAUUAUUACAAUGUACGAAUAUAUUGGUGGCCCUACUUUACGAUGCAUUUUAGGUGAUACAACUGGAACAUUAUAUAUGCUAUCUAUUAUAACGACAGGUACAAUGGUAACUGAUCUCAGUAUACGAUAUCUUGGAGAGGCUGCUGUAUGUUCAUCGAUUGUAUAUCUUGGCUUCAACAUAUUAUAUUUUGGAUCAUCACAAGGUGACUCAUCCCUAGCAAGGUUAUGUACCAAUGGCAAAAUAACAACUUUGGAACUUAUUGAUGAAUACUCAAAUUUAGCACCUAUUACGGAUUUUUGUCUUUAUGAUCUCGACAAACAAGGAAGGCAAACGAUGGUCUGCUGUUCUGGUGCAAAUAAUGAUGGAUCAUUACGUGUUGUUCAAAGUGGUGUUGGUUUUAUUGAACGUGCAGUUAUUCCAGUUAGCGGUGUGCAACGUAUAUGGUCAUUAUCAUCAGAUGCUAUUUCGGAUAACUCAUUUCAUGAUCUUUUGGUACUCUCAUUCAUUGGAAAUACACGCCUUCUUUAUCAAGCUGAUAGUGGCGAAGGCAUGUCUAUGGAAGAACUUGAUUCUUUUUCAGCAUUCGAUUUAGAAAAUCAAACUUUGGUAGCUGGUAACCUUAGCAAUGGUAACAUUAUACAAAUUACAACAAAUGAAAUUAGAGUGAUGUCUCCGUCUAUCAAUAAUAAAAUGGUGAAACUCUGGUUCCCUCCUCCAUCUGUUAAGAUUACUAAUGGCGCUGUUGGUUAUGACGACUGUAUUGUUGUCUCUUGUACUUUUGGGCAAUUGGUUAGCUUUAAAAUCAAUCCUGAUGAUGGAAAUAUUAUUGAAGCAAAUAAUAUCAAACUUGAACAUGAAAUUUCUUGUUUGACCAUGUUGAAAAGCAAAAAUAUGGAUCAUUCUUAUGUAGCCGUUGGAUUAUGGGGUGGACAAAACGUGCAGAUUUUGAAUUUAUCUUCCUUCUCCGUCGUUGGUUAUGAUACUGUAGAGCAAUCAGUCCCUCGAAGUAUACUCUUCCAAACUUUACAAGACGAAAGUUACAUUUUCGUUACACUAGGCGAUGGAAGAUUAAUAGUUUAUCCGUUAUCAAACUCUAUGGAACUUUUACAACCGAAUGUGAUCACAUUAGGGACUCAAACCGCUACUCUGUCUUCAUUCUCGAUUCAUGAUGAUAUUGUAGUAUUUGCAGCAUCUGAUCGUCCAACCGUCAUCAAUAGUGUUCGAAAUCACUUAGUAUAUUCUGCUAUCAAUUUGAAGAAUGUGAUAGGUUUCACUAUGUUCAACAGCGCAUCCUGGCGAAACUCUUUGUUGGUGAUUACAGAUCAGGCAUUAUUACUUGGAGAUUUGGAUCCUAUACGAAAGUUACACUAUUCAAAACUACCGCUUGGGAAAAAAAUGGGUCGACGGAUUGCAUACCAUGAAGAAUCUCAAACUCUUGUCGUUGGUACAUCCAGAUUGACAUGGAGUCCUGAUAAUGGUGCUGAAUUGAAAACUGGAUGGAUUAAUGUUUAUGAUGCAAGAACAUUCCAAGAACUUGAAGUUCAUGAUCUACUGGAAUAUGAACUUGUGGAAUCAAUAUGUGUUGCAAAAGUAUUCGACGAAACACAAUCCUAUGUCUUUGUUGGAACUGCUAUCACUCUUCCAUCCGAACCACAACGAAGCAUUGGUAGGCUUAUUAUGUAUCAAGUACUCUCUGAUCAAACGUAUCAUAUGGUGGAUGCCAUUAAUGUACCUGGUGUGGUGUAUUGUAUCAAAUCAUAUAAAAAUAGCAUUGUGGCUGCAGUCAAUGGAACGCUGUACUACCUAGAUUCUUUCAAGCCUGAAUCCGUAGUUGGUGAAAAGUUGAACAUGUCACAAAAGAUACAUGCAAAUGUUUUAGCAUUGGAUCUGGAUACACAUGGGGAUUUGAUCCUAGUUGGUGAUUUCAUGCAAUCUAUUUCAUUGGUCAAACUAAACGAUCAAGAUACAUCUGCAAUGACAACAAUUGCGAAUGAUUACAAUGCAAAUUGGAUGACGGCUGUUAAGAUGGUGGCUGAUGAUGUUUAUAUUGGUGCCGAAAUGUCUCACAACCUCUUCACAAUGAAAACACCAAGUCAGAAAUCAAUAGGUAGUAAUGAUGGAUCUGGAGAAUCUAUACGAAUGGACGUUGUGGGUGAAUAUCAUCUUGGUGAUUUGAUCAAUCGAAUGCAUCAUGGUACUUUGGCUGAUGAAAUGGAUACUUUGACGAAAACAAGGGAUACGUGGACUAUCGUAUAUGCAACUGUGAAUGGGGCUAUUGGUACAAUGAUGGGAAUCUCAGAAGAAGAGUACGAAUAUCUAUUAACUGUACAGGAACGGUUAUUGGAGAUCUCACCGCCGAUUGGACAAUUGGAUUAUGCAUCUUGGCGAGCAUUCAACAAUGGAACAAGAACUGGCGCAGCACGGAAUUACAUUGAUGGCGAUCUUAUAGAACGAUUUUUGUUGCUGUCCAAAAAGGAACAAGAACAAGUAGUAGAACCAUUCCCCUUUAGUGUAGAAGAAUUACAAAGUGAAAUUGAAAAGUUUUCUCAAUUACGAUGAAUAAAGAAUAAAUAAUAAUAAUAAUAAAAAUUAA